AAGAACUCGCGAUAAACAUGGAAAUGGUUUCCAAUGGUGAUAGCUGCUGCAGAAGAUAACCUGCAUCAUGGAAGGAAAACAAACUUAGCCAUCGAUUGCGAAGACGAUGUAAAUUUUACAUACAAGCGUUCAGAUGUAUAAUCUAAUGAAGCCUUAUUUCAUUGUAUGAUUUACAUAUUUACAAUACAGCAGUCAGUUGGGCUACUAGCUAGGUCAAUAGCUUGAUGCUAUAUGCCAACUGCAAUUCAUUUAUUAUUAAGAAGACAGUGCAGUGGGUGUUAAUAGGCUGACCAAUUUUAUAAAUCAAAAUUAGUAUCUAUUGGAACAUCAUCUGCAUCAUCAGUGCUGCUAUAAAUGCCUUUUUGAAGAAAGAGGAAUAGCCAGCUACAGUAUCUAGCACCUGGGAAGGACUGGGAUUGAGAUUUUACCUGUUCCUGUACUCGAAAAAAAACCCACACUGGCUGAGAUGGAUGAACAAAGUGUUGAGAGUAUUGCGGAGGUGUUCCGCUGUUUCAUUUGUAUGGAGAAGCUGCGUGAUGCUCGGCUCUGUCCCCACUGCUCCAAACUCUGCUGCUUCAGCUGCAUACGGCGCUGGUUGACUGAGCAGAGAGCCCAAUGCCCACACUGUCGAGCCCCACUGCAGCUGAGGGAGUUGGUGAACUGUCGCUGGGCUGAGGAGGUCACCCAGCAGCUGGACACCCUGCAGCUCUGCAACCUCUCCAAACACGAAGAGAACGACAAGGACAAGUGUGAGACCCACCAUGAGAAGUUGAGCGUGUUCUGCUGGACCUGUAAGAAGUGCAUCUGUCACCAGUGUGCUCUCUGGGGAGGCAUGCACGGGGGCCACACUUUCAAACCUCUGGCUGAGAUCUAUGAGCAGCAUGUGACCAAGGUGAACGAGGAGGUGGCCAAGCUCCGCCGACGCCUCAUGGAGCUCAUUAGCCUGGUGCAGGAAGUGGAGAGGAACGUGGAAGCAGUGCGAGGAGCCAAGGACGAGCGAGUGCGCGAGAUUCGUAAUGCAGUAGAGAUGAUGAUCGCCCGUCUUGACAACCAGCUCAAGAACAAACUCAUCACCCUCAUGGGUCAGAAGACCUCACUCACCCAGGAGACUGAGUUACUGGAGUCUCUCCUGCAAGAGGUGGAGCAUCAGGGCAUACUGCGUUGUCCUCUGGUUUGUGGAGGCAGGUGUUUAAGAGGGGAAUGUAAACUGCGCUCCUGCAGUAAGAGUGAGUUGAUUUCCAAGAGCCCAGAGAUCCUGCUUAUGUUCCAGCAGGUUCAUCGCAAGCCUAUGCAGUCCUUUGUCACCACUCCAGUCCCGCCAGACUUCACCAGUGAGCUGGUUCCUGCCUAUGAUUCAAGCACUUUUGUCCUGGCGAACUUCAGCACCCUUAGACAGAGGGCAGAUCCCGUCUACAGCCCACCACUGCAGAUAUCUGGACUGUGCUGGAGACUGAAAGUUUACCCAGACGGCAACGGUGUGGUGCGUGGCAACUACCUAUCAGUGUUCUUGGAACUGUCUGCCGGGCUACCUGAAACCUCUAAGUAUGAGUACCGUGUGGAGAUGGUCCACCAGGCCUCCAGUGACCCAACUAAGAACAUCAUCAGGGAGUUUGCAUCGGACUUUGAGGUGGGGGAGUGUUGGGGCUACAAUCGCUUCUUCAGACUUGACCUCCUGGCAAGCGAGGGCUACCUCAACAUGCAGACGGACACCCUUGUCCUUCGCUAUCAGGUGCGUUCACCAACCUUCUUCCAGAAAUGCAGAGACCAGUACUGGUACAUCAGCCAGCUUGAGUCAGCCCAGUCCAGCUACAUCCAGCAGAUCAACAACCUAAAAGAGAGGCUGGCCAUUGAACUCUUCCGGAAGCAGAAUUCUCGCAGCUCCUCUCCUCCCGACCGGCGCCUGGGUCCCUCGACCUCAGAGAGAGACCCCCGCUCUGGGAAAGGUUCUGUUGCUGAGGACGGCUGUCAGACCACAGCCAUAGAGACCAAAGAGGACGAAGAAGAGAAGACCCAGCACGAUGAUUCCAAUGAGCUGUCUGAUGGGGACUUGGAGGUGGAUUGUCUGACCGGGGACGAGGAGGUCAACCCCCUGGAUGGGAGCAGCACCUCUGGCAGCUCCACGGCAACCAGCAACACGGAGGAGAACGACAUCGACGAGGAGACCAUGUCUGGGGAGAAUGAUGUGGAGUUCAGUGGGAACCUGGAGAUGGAGGAGGGAGAGCUGCCCGACGAUGUGGCUGGUGCAGCAGGAGGUUCUAAUCCAAGGUGUCUGAGACGCGGUGGUGGUGCGCUCUCCUCCUCCGGCAGCAACAACAGCCUGCUGGACAUUGACCCAGUCAUCCUCAUCCAGUUACUGGACCUGAAAGAACGCAGCAGUGUGGAGUCCCUGUGGGGCCUUCAGCCAAGGCCUCCUGCCUCUCUGCUGCACAGCCAAGUCCAAGUCCACUCCAGGAAGGAGCGGGGCGAGCGCCGGCCUCAAGCAGUACGGCGGGGAGCGCCAGACUCGGGGGUUCUGAUCCGGCUCAAGGCUCAGAUGGCAGAGGUGCGCAGUAAGAUGACGGACGUCAAGUGUCAGCUGGAGGCACGGGGGGACGCCAGGGGCGGGGCCACAGGGGUGGAGCAAGGGCCCUCUUACAACGCAGACUCUGACACGGCCGCCAGUAGAAAACACACAGAGCUGGAUCUGAUGGGCAAAGAACCUGGGACCUCCAGGCACUGUCGCUCUGAUGUUUGUGUGGUAGGAGGGAAGAAGGCCCCGUCUCUCAAGUCGGAGAGUGGUGGAAUGGGCCUGAGGAGAUCCACAGACGGAGUGGAGAAGGAGCUGAGAGGCCAGGGUGGUGGGGAGUCACCCAGGGACACCCCCAGCGGGUCUGAGGGAGCCCUGAAGCCACGCAGCACCCACAGUUCUCCUCCCUCUCUGGGCAGCUCGUCCUGCUCCGACAGCAAGCCCUGCAGCUCCAGUCACGACCAAGAGCAGCACUACGCCGCCGAGCUGUACGCUUUGGGGGGCCUGAACGGCAUCUCCACCGCCACUAUGACCCGGCCCCGGACCCAGCCCAUGGGUGCCAGCCUGCUGACAGACAGCUCUCUGGAUUGUGACUCAGAGGAGACUACUGAGAUUGGCCAAUCACUGCCCUCCUUGGCAGAAGGACCCUGUUGUCCUGAUGAAGGACAUGUUGUCCAGAAGCAGGCUGUGACUCUACUGCCAGGCAUGAGCAGUGACAGUGAGAUUGACUGUGACACUGAGAACGAGGAUGAAGUGGUGGCCCUGGAGGCUGGAGACUGCCGCUACGACGCCCGGGCACUGCCCUGCACAGGGGACCAGUUAAUCUCUGAUGACCUGAGCUUCACCACAGGAGAGAACACCGAGAGGUGAUUUCCCUCCAUCAGCCCCAGCCUGUCUAAACGGUGGCAUCGUUAUGUGGGAACUGGACAGUGUAUAUAAAGGAAAUGCACAGAUGCACCUGUGUAGACACUAGCAUGCACUCAUUCUAGUCACUGGUAACUUCAUGCUAUGCGAAUGCUAAAACUAAGCACCUUGAUGACUGACUGCAAAAUGUCAAAAUAUAUUUGGUCACUUUUAAUCUUUUCACUUAUACUUCAAUGUACAUUUGAUUAAAUAUGAGUAACUAUGGGGGGAGGAAAAUUAUAUUUGCAAGAGACAUUCCUCCGGCUGUCCUUGUGUAAUCUGAAAUGGAAGUUAGCCUGCCGGUAUGUAAAUAACCGUAAUGUGAUGGUUGAUAUUUGCAACAUCUAUGUACCUACACUUGGCUUUAAUCUCUGCAUCACGAGGUGUAUUUAGAGAAAUAAGCAUGGUGCGCCUGCUUCACAGUAGAAAGAGAACUUCAAAAGCUCUCUGCCUUUCUGAUUCAAUGAGGUGCUAUUGAUGUGUUUAUUUGGACGAGGACAGUCAGGGAGGCAACACGAUGCUGUUCUAAACUCUUCAUUCUGAUAACAGCCUGAAAGAACACCUUGUAGAAAACACAUUUAGAACCUUUAUUACUGUAUUAUCAUUCCUUUAAACGUAUUAGGGAACCUUUACAUUAACUUAAGGAAAGGCAGUCAAAACAAUAAAAAAUACUAUCUUCCAGUAGAUUGGAGUUGUUCCUUACUAACUGAUUUCUUAGUAGAAAAAUAGGUAUGAGUACAUUCUAACUAAAUUGAUAAUUCAUACUGAACUUCCUUCGUAGACAGUUUGGGGUUCAAGUGUCGACGUAAAUCUUAACUAAUUUCCUGCGCAACCAACAACUCAGCCAUUCUGCUUGUAUUUUAAAAAUGGAUCUAUGCAAUUUCACAUUCACAGGUUUUGACACAGAAAUAAUUUAUUUUGGUUUCUUAAAUAGAUCCAAAUGUCACAUUGUCUUCUUAGUCUAGAUUCAGGGGUAGGCAGCUUCACUUCUGUAUGGCUGAAACACUUGGUUUUCAUCCGCUUCUCCUAAUCAGAAACUAUUUUUGCCUUGUGAUACUGGGUGAAACAAAAAACAAGUAUUACAGCCCUCCAGGACCAAAGUUUUAUUCCCUAGUCUUUAUUUCUGUUUUCUAGGCAUAUUGGACCAAAGCAAUAUUUGGAAAGUAAUUUGUUUCACUAGAUGUAAGUAUUUGUUUUGUACAAAGGCUCCCGAACAGUGAUGUGAAGUGUUCUGCUCCUUUAUAAAGUAUAUUCAGACCCAUUCAUUUGAAUAUCCAUCUUUUGCACCAUCAGAGGGUGCUAUUUCUGGCCUAAAUGUGUCUUUGCUCUGUGACAUCAGACCAUUUAUUAAAACCGUACCAUAUUAUUACUUUAAAGCUUAAAAAGAGCAUGCUGACCGCCCUAGCAUUUACAUAGCACAACCUGUAGGUGCUAUUUUUACCACUGAGAACAAUGUGCACUGCCAAAGAUGUUCUUCAUUUAAAUAUCCACGGAAGUACCCAGCAGAAACCCAAGAAACAUGUUCAUACCUUAUCCCUUUUGUAACAUCUACCAUACCAGAAUAAUAAUAAUAAAUAUGUUCUAAAUGCCUGAGUUGGGAGCGGAGUGAUUUACACUGUACAAUUUGCAGUAUAAGCUGUAGGAUUCCUGACAUUUAACCCAGAGCUGCAAAUUUCUUCUGAUGUUCCAUCGUGUGUGCCUAAAACUGCAUGGCUUCAAUGGAGUUAAACUGCCACACAGAGGGUAGACAAUAUAGUUAAAACCUCUUAUUGUGUCCUUGGAAAGGUGUUUGUAUGUAGAGCUGGAGACUAAUCCUGUUAUGGUCUAAUUGUAUCUUUUUCUCUGUUCUGUCUGUCUGUUCACUAUGCACAUCUGUUACUGCCCAGGUUUGAGCUGUGUGUGUGAGCGUUCAUGAGUGUGUGUCUCUGAAGGAAAGGGCUGGCUGAUUUAGUGGCACUGUAGAGGGAGUGACUAUAUGAUGUUAAUGCUUUCCUUUAUGGUGUCAAAACCUUGUGUGUUUAUAUUGUCCCCAAAUGGGAUUUUUAUUUCUUGAGUAUAUAUAUAUUUUUUUCCCCCAGUAACUUAUGACCCAAACAAAUAAAUGGUUUCCUAAAACUUAA